GUCCACUAGCAGUGCCACACAGGCCAGUUCUGCGCAUGUCCGGAAGUGACGUCUGACUCGUUUGAAAAGCUCUUACGGCGCGGAGAUAGGGUCGGUUUUGGAGAGCUUGUGCUGCCCCCGCUGCGAGUGACCCGUAACUGACCGUCAGCAGCCGCACGCCCGGGUACCACAGGCGGCUGACCCGCAUUUCUGGUUGUGUUAUAGUCUCACACACAAAGCGUUGCACUUAUGAAAGGUUUAGCGACCAUGGAGAGAUCAAAGUUACCGGUUAGAUCUCAGGCAGCAAAUGCAACAGACCCUGUGGUAUCUUGUGCCAAGAAGCCUUGUCCUCAGAAGACUGUUCUUCCACUAUUUAGCAGGGAUCCUAACAUCGCAUUCUCAUCUAGUGCUCAUGAUCUUGUUGUGUUUAAGGCUGCAGGUAAUGGAAAGAAAGCUCUCCUGCCUAAGAAAACCAUUCCUCCAGUGCGUGGCCCAGGUAACCAGUAUAUAAUAGAAAGUGAGCUGAGGGACCGGAAUCGGUUAUUGGAGGCAGCAAAUAAUAGUCUGCACGGCGAUUUGGUCAGCACACAGAAUAUGGUAAAAGAGUUGAUUCAACAACGGGAUGCAGCGAAAAAAGAGCUACAAGAACUAAAUCGGCGCAUGGAUAGAAGUCUUGUUAUUUUAGAGAGUAGAAACAUUGACCCAGUGUCAGGUGACCGUAUUAUUGCUGCUGCAGAAGAGACCAGCAAAGUGAGGGAAGAGACCAAGGCCUUCACAGAGAAUCUAUUAAAUGAACUGAAACGCUGUAGCAAUGUAACUGUGGAACACAGAGAUCUUGUGCAGUGUGUCAGGGAGAAGUGGAAGGAGGCCCAGGAAAGCAGACACCUGUUCCUGGAGGAGCAGCAGGCUUUUCAGAGUGACCUGCAGCAGUUUCGAUCAUCUCUUCAAGAAACCCAGAAAUGGCUGGAUUUGUGAAUAGAACUGAUGUUUGGCAACCCAUGUUUUGUAUAUCUUCAUGUAUAUUCUCCUCUUCAUGGGCUGGUUAUCUGUAAAACAAUGCCUAUUUUAGUAUUUGGAUAAUUACGGUUGUCUAGGGCAAGCCUGGCCAACUUGUGGCUCUUCAGCUGUUGUGAAACUAUAAGUCCCAGCAUGCCCUGCCAGUCUGGUUAGGGAAUGCUAAAACUGUGGCAGGGCAUGCUGGGAUGUGUAGUUUCACAACAGUUGGAGCGCCACAGGUUGACCAGGUCUGGUCUAGGGUUCCAGCCUUCUCCGGUUUACACUUGCCAACAUGAGAUGGUUUAAGUCUUGUUCUGAAGAUGAAGAUUUGUAUAGCAUUGUCACAAGGGGGCAGAUGUAUUAACCUGGAGAAGCCAUAAGGCAGUGAUAAACCAGUGAUA